AUGGCUGUGCUAGAAUAUGAGAAGAAAUUUACUAAGCUAUCUAGAUAUUGUACCCCAUUGGUGGCAAAUAAGAAGAAGAGAUGUCAGCGGUUCACACAUGGUUUGAGGCAAGCUAUACGCAAUUUGGUGGUGGGUCAGCGCAUUAUGGAGUAUGGUGCACUUCUGGAGUCUGAUUCCCUGAUUGAGAGUAGCCAGAUGGAGGUACGGGGACGUGAUGAUACACAUCGACGUCGUUCUGACUCGGGUGGCCUUAGUCAGGGGCCAUCCAAGAAAGUUAGCUUCAGCUCCGGAUCUUUUGGUAGUGGUGGUUAUGUAGAUUUUAGGACAGGAGCCAGUUUUAGUGGUGGAUCCAACCAAAGUUUCAGUUUUAGGCCUCGUUUUGGUGGUGGUGCGGCUAGAGGCUCUGUGAGCCACCAACAGAUGAGGGACUGCUCGAUGUUACUUCAAGGUGAAGUGACUGCUUCAGGAUCAGUUCAGAUGGUUGGUGCACAUAGUAGAGGUCAGGGUACAUCUCAAACUGUUGGAGCUUCAUCCAGUAGUGGGACUCAGGCUAGUGUGUCUAGUAGAGAGAGUACUCAGCAGAGACGACGUGAUGGACGUUCUAGAGCUACAUGCAUGGUAUUUACUAUGACUCAGCAGGAGGCGCAUGUGACGCCGGAUGUCAUUAUGGGUAUGUUACCAAUUUUUGGGUUUCCUACUUGUGUUUUGAUAGACCCUGGAGCCACACAUUCAUUUGUUGCACAUAGUUUUGUCCUUUAUGCUAACGUGAGACCUACAACCAUGCGUGGGGAGCUUGUUAUUGCUAUACCCACCGGAGAUGUUCUUAUCACCAACCCAAUGUACAUUGAUAGUUUGGUUUUGGUAGGAGAGGUGUUUUUGGAAGCUAACUUGAUUCACUUGGAGAUUGUGAACAUAGAUGUCAUUUUAGGGACGAAUUGGUUGGCCAAGCAUCAUGCUUUGGUCGAUUGUUUCUGGAAGGAGGUUGUAUUUCGUAGUCCAGGACAACCCGAAGUGACCUUCUAUGGGGAGCGUAGAGUUCUUCCAUCUUUCCUGAUUUUAGCUAUGACGGCUAGACGGUUGCUUAGGAAGGGAUGUACUAGGUAUCUAACUCACAUGAUUGAUACCCGGCACAAUGGAUUGAGGUUAGAAGAUAUUUCGGUGGUGCAGGAGUUUCCGGAAGUGCCAUACAGAAUGGUAGCAGCUAAAUUGAGAGAGCUAAAGACUCAGUUGUCGGAGUUGGUGGACAAAGGUUUCAUUCGAUCGAGUUUCUCUCCAUGGGGUGCACCAGUGUUGUUUGUGAAGAAGAAAGAUGGCACCAUGAGAUUGUGCACUGACUACAGGCAAUUGAACAAGGUGUCGGAUAGGCACAAGGUUCGUUACGAAUUCCAAGGGGAAACUCGUGGUGAGUCCUGUCACAAAGACCCCUCCUUCACCAAACUGCCCAAUUCUGGCACGAACUUCUCCCUCGGAAAGGCCUCAGAUGAGCAUGAGACAGAGCCAACAAACAUGCUGUCGUGUCGCUCUUGUGAAAGCAUAUUGAUCUCAAGCUAA